AUGCCAAAGGCCGUCUUCUUCAUCUUGCCCAACGAGUUUGGGGAGCGCUUCUGCUACUACGGUGUGCAGCCCAACUUGAACAAGUACUUCCGCCUCAUCAGUGGAAUGACCGUUGUCGAUGCCAAGGUCUUCUCAACGGCAUUUACUAUGUUGGCUUACUUCUUCCCCUUGAUCGGUGCUGCCCUUUCAGAUUCCUUCUUGGGCAAAUGGUGGACCAUUAUCUCCUUCUCAAUCAUCUACCUCAUUGGUAUGAUCAUGGUUACCGUAUUCGCCAUCCCCAACUUGAUCGGAGCUGUCGGGCAGGUCUCCAAUUUCUUGACCUUCCUGCCCAUGCUCAUCAUCGCCAUCGGUACCGGUGGUAUUAAACCCUGUGUUUCCUCCCAUGGUGGUGACCAGUACCUCCCUUCCCAGGAGGCAGCCAAGGAUGUCUUCUUCAACGUCUUCUACAUCGCCAUCAACCUUGGUGGCCUCAUCACCCAGUUCGUCGUCCCUGAAUUGACCAAAUUGCAAUGCUACGGCCAGGAUACUUGCUACGCUGGAGCCUUCUUGCUCCCCACCAUCGUCUUUGCCUUGGCCUUGGCUAUCUUCGCCGCCGGUCAUCGCUUCUACCGCAUUGUUCCCCCACUGGGUGAGUUCCUUCCCCUCAAGGCCCUCAAGGCUACGAUCCUCGCUGCCACCCGCUAUCGUGCCGCCACCGCUGCUGAGCGCCAGGCCAAGGGUCACUGGCUCAACUUUGCAGAGGAGGAGUACGGUGGUGUGUUUGUUGAGGAGUGCCGCGACUUCGGUCUUGUCCUCGUCCCUGUCGUCAUCCCCUUCGCUUUCUGCUGGAUGUUGUACAACCAGAACUCGAACGAGUGGGCGAACCAGUACUACCUCAUGAACGGUGCCAUUUUUGGAGGCAAGGAUCCCCAGAAGCUCUAUGUCCAGUCUGCUCAGUUCGGAACCAUCAACACUAUCUUGAUUCUCAUCAUUCUGCCUUUGUUGGCCGGUUUCGUCUAUCCUUUUUGCGCCCGCCGUGGAUGGAACUUCGGCCCCCAGCGUCGUAUGGCUGCCGGUUUCUUCUUCAUUGUCCUGUCUUUCUGCAUCUCCGCCGGGCUCGCUCCCAUGAUCGAGAAGGCUUUCCUCGAGUCUGGUCGCGAUAUCAACAAGGCUGCCGAUUAUGACGGCAGCUACUGCGAGCAGUGCUACUCUGCCUGGUUGCAGUUCCCUCAGUGGUUCGUCCUCACCCUCGGUGAGGCCCUGUGCUCGCCCACCGGUGUCCAGUUCACCUACAUCGAAGCUGGUCGCCAGUUCCGUGCCGUCUCCACCUCGUUCUGGCUCCUCUCGACCUCCUUGGGUUCGAUCUUGAUUAUGAUCCUCGAGCCUCCUUUUGCCAGGGCUGAAUUGUCCUCGGGCACCAAGGGCUGGGCUUACUCUGGUAUUGGAAUGUUCGGAUUCAUCCUUUACUGCAUUGCCUCGUACUUUUAUACUCCUCGCAAGAACCGUCCUUCGAUCAACGAGGCUGCUCGUAUCUCUAAGGAGAAGGAGUACGCUGUUCAGAAGUACUAUCAUCCUGCGCAGUUCGAAGACGAUGCCUAG